AUGCAGACAAGUAAGGCUUUCAUACAGAAUUUCAAAAGAGGAGGAGAGAAGUUGCUCGACAGAAUCAUUACUACGGACGAGACUUGGCUGCAUCAUUUUGAUCCAGAAACAAAAAUAGAAUCCAGCAUUUGGAAACACCGGGGUUCACCACCGAAAAAGCCGAAGGUUGCGAAAUCCGUGGGUAAACAAAUGUACAUAUUCUUUGCUGAUCGGCACGGAAUGAUUUUGGUCCAUGCUGUACCCUCCGGUCUGACGGUGAAUGCUGCAUACUACUCCAAGGUGUUACGCCGCGACUUAGUUAAGGCAAUUAAGAAAAAACGCCCUGCCAUGGCUGUGGACCUUGGAAAUAUCAUCCUACACCAGGAUAAUGCACCUGCACAUACGGCAGCUUCCACGUGUCUGGAAAUCGAACACCUAGGAUUCAAUCUUCUUGAAUACCCGCCAUACAGUCCGGAUCUUGCUCCGAUGGAUAUUGCAAUUUUUCCUUUCAUCAAAUCACAGCUAAGAGGAGUAAGAUUUGAGAAGUCUGAUGAACUUAAAUAUGCUACUCGAACCAUUAUAUCUAAAAUCGACAGUAAAUGGUAUUCGGAUGUGUUCGAUUCAUGGCUAAGAAGGUGUGAGAAGUGUUUGCAGUGCAAAGGUGACUACGUUGAAAAGUAA